AUGACUAAUGACUCUGCUUCUGGACCUCAAGUGUCAUCAGCGCUGUUCUUUGAAUACAACACACAACUGGGCCCGCCGUACAGGAUCCUGAUAGAUACUAACUUUAUUAAUUUUUCGGUUAAAAACAAACUGGACAUAAUCGAGAACAUGAUGGGCUGUCUGUAUGCAAAAUGUAUUCCCUAUGUGACAGAUUGCAUAGUCGCUGAAUUGGAGAAACUCGGCAGGAAGUACAGUAUUGCGCUGAAGCUGAUAAAAGACCCGCGGUUUGAAAGACUGAGGUGUUCUCACAAAGGUACCUAUGCCGACGACUGUCUGGUGCAGCGGGUGACGGCACACAAGUGCUUCAUCGUCGCCACCAAUGAUAAAGACCUGAAGCAGAGGAUCAGAAAAAUUCCCGGUGUCCCGAUUAUGUACGUCGCUCAGCAUCGCUACACCAUCGAACGCAUGCCAGAUGCCUACGGAGCUCCGCGGAAAUAA